AUGUCAUUCUACCAUAACUCUACUCUCCCUACCUUCCUCUUGACUGGAGUCCCUGGACUUGAAUGGGCCCAUGCCUGGAUCUCCAUCCCCUUCUGCUGCCUCUAUUUAACUGCUCUCUCUGGGAAUACCUUGAUCCUAUUUGUAGUCCUCACUGAGCCAAGCCUCCAUGAGCCAAUGUACUAUUUCCUCUCCAUGUUGUCCACCACUGACAUUGGCUUAUGCAUCUCUACACUAGUAACAGUACUGGCAAUAUUCUGGGUCAAUGCACGGGAAAUCAGCUUGAAUGCUUGCUUAUCACAGAUGUUCUUCAUUCACCUCUUCACUUUCAUGGAAUCCUCAGUGCUCCUGGCUAUGGCCUUUGAUCGUUUUGUGGCCAUUUCUAACCCCUUGAGAUAUGCUACCAUUCUAACUCAUGCAAGGAUUGCACAAAUUGGCAUGGCAGUCAUUACCAGGGGGACUGUCAUUCUGACACCACUAGUCUUACUUCUUAAGCGUCUAUCAUUCUGCCACAGCCACGUGCUCCAUCACUCCUACUGCUUCCACCCUGAUGUGAUGAAGCUCUCGUGUUCAGAUACAAAAAUCAAUAGUGCAUUUGGACUAUUUGCAAUUAUCUCUACUGCUGGAGUGGACUCUAUCUUUAUUCUGCUUUCCUAUGUCUUGAUCAUUCGCUCAGUUCUCAACAUUGCAUCCCCAGAGGAGAGGAAAAAGGCCUUCAGCACCUGCAUUUCUCAUAUCACUGCUGUGGCCAUAUUCUACAUCCCUUUGAUCAGCGUAUCUUUUGUUCACAGAUUUGGAAAACAUGCUCCACCCUUUGUGCCCACACUCAUUGCUAAUGUAUACUUGCUUAUUCCCCCUGUGAUGAAUCUCAUCAUCUAUAGUGUGAAAACAAAGCAGAUUCAAAAAGUUAUGCUCAAACUUCUCUGUUCCAAGAGAACUCAUAUUUAA